UUUUGUUCAUUUCACAAUAUGAGAUCAUAAAUAGUAGACAGAGACACAUGAGCCGCGAUAUACGUUUAUUAGGUUGUGUAUAUAUACGCUGCGCAUACAAUGUUGACCAGAGAUAAUGAUUAUAGAGGUAAGUUCUGAUGACGAUAACUAGCCACUUCACCUCAACUGGCUUCAGUUGAAUGAUUUAUCGAGCUAGUGGGUAAACAUUAUGAGCUACAAAUUGACGUAUUUUGACACCGAAGGAAUUGCCGAGCCGAUACGACUGUUGUUCGCUUAUGCGGAACAGCCGUUCGAAGAUGUUCGUUUACCGAAAGACGAUUUUUGGCCAAAGCUAAGACCUGAAGUGAAAAGUCAAUUUACAUGGGGAACAAUCCCAGUAUUGGAACUGUCUGAUCAUCCUGGUCAAAUGAUAUCACAGUCCAUGGCCAUUGCUAGAUUUUUGGCAAAGCGUUUCAAUUUAGUAGGAGAUAACGAUUUUGAAAGCGCUAAGUGCGAUGAGCUGUGUGAUGCAUUGAAAGACUAUGUAUCGACAGCGUGGUCGGGCAUUUUGCACGAAACCGAUCCAGCAAAACGGGCUGCACGAUUUCAAACGGCCUUAACCGUUGAAACACCAAAAACAUUUGGCAAAUUGAACGAAAUUCUGCUGGCAAACGGCGGAACGUGGCUCGUCGGCAAUCGACUUUCGUGGACUGACUUAUUAUUAGCCCAUACCAACAGAUCGCUGCAAAAACAUCUUGGCGACAAAGCUGACCUAACUGCCGGUUAUCCGGCACUGAAAGCGCAUUCGGAAAACGUUUUCAACAUUCCAACAAUUAAAGCUUAUGUUGACAAGCGCGACAGCAAAUAAAAUCGAUUUUGUUUCGUCGUUGUCUUUGCGAUCAAGUUCAGCAUUUUGAUUUUA